UGUUUUCAGCGCUGUCGUGUUAGAGGGAGCUUGCUCGGAACUGACUUCAUGCAUCAGUUGGUACACCAUGCUGAUACUGGAGUGUCUCCUACCAUAACAAACCUCUCCGUUCUACAAAGGAUUCUAAGGGGGAAUCAAAAUGUCCAGUGAAAGACAGGGGCGGUCAGAUGACGAGAGUCCAAGCACCAGCAGUGGUAGUUCUGAUGCGGACCAGAGAGACCCGGCGGUGCCGGAGCCAGAGGAGGCGGAGGAGAGAAAACAGCAGCCCCCCACACCUCCUCAGCAACAGAAGAAACCCACCAAAUUAUCCAGCAAGACUACCGCCAAGUUGUCCACUAGUGCUAAAAGAAUCCAGAAGGAGCUCGCUGAGAUCACUCUAGAUCCACCACCUAACUGCAGUGCGGGACCCAAGGGAGACAACAUCUAUGAAUGGAGAUCCACCAUCCUGGGACCACCAGGCUCUGUGUACGAGGGAGGGGUCUUCUUCCUAGAUAUCACCUUCUCAUCCGACUACCCCUUCAAGCCACCAAAGAUGGGGAAAAUAAAAAGAAAUCAGCCAAGACCUCAGAAAGAAAAUUGUAGACGUCCACAAGUCUGGUUCAUCUUUGGGAGAAAUUUCCAAAUGCCUGUGACAUUCCGCACCAGGAUCUACCACUGUAACAUCAACAGUCAGGGUGUGAUCUGCCUGGAUAUCCUGAAGGACAACUGGAGCCCCGCCCUCACCAUCUCCAAGGUGCUGCUGUCCAUCUGUUCCCUGCUCACAGACUGCAACCCUGCUGACCCUCUGGUUGGUAGCAUUGCCACUCAGUACCUGACCAACAGAGCCGAGCAUGACAGGAUAGCCCGACAGUGGACCAAGAGAUACGCCACUUAGAGGUCACGACCCCUAACCCCGUCCUGUCUGAUCCCCUGUCCACCCAGUCCCCCUGCCUGCAGUGUGAAGGUCCCGGAGGCGACGUCACAUCGUGCAACAAAUCUUUAUAGCCUUUACAAUACGGACUUCUGUGUAUAUGUCUGAUUACUGAUUCUACUCCUCCACAUUUUUUCCCUGCAAUGAGGACUGGGUCUGAAGAGAGACAGAGAGAAAGAUCCAAGCAGGCAUUGUCUCACGUCAGAUAGCGAAGUGUCGCCUCUGUCUGCACUGAUAGUUCAUGGCAACACAGAGCGUUAGAAUGACGCCAUCUGUCGGAAGACAAUGCCCAACAAAAGGUAAAUGUAUAUUGGAGUAGAAUUUUGUCGCUGUAGAUUUUAGUUAUGUUUAAAUGCCUCUACUUGCAAGUCUUGCUUCUUUGGGAUAUUAAAAAAUCAAAUGUAUUUUGUGAUGUAAUAAAGGAAACUAUUCCUAAAGUCUCAACCAAAUAUUAUGGUGCAUUUUAGCCUUCUCCAUUAUCUGUAUGAAGUUAAAGAAGAAAAAACAACUAGCUGAUGUAGAUUAUUAGAGAUGAUGAUGUCAUUUAUAUGAAAGCCAGACACCCAUUUCCAGUUAUGUAGUUACAUUAUACUGUUGUGAUGACUCUGUUUUACCUUGUCAAUUUGUAAUGAAAACGAGAUUUCAUUGAAACCUUUUUGUAGCUCAACAAAAGAUGAGCCACCACUGUAACAUCCCCAAAACACAAUAAACUUGUCCCCAAGGGUUGAAUUGUA